AUCUCAGAGGAAACGUAACGGGGAGGAAAACGCAGCUUCUCUUCCAGCCGAAGGCAGCUCAUGGUCAAAGUACCGUUUGCAAGUAAGGGCUAUAGAAGAGGGCCACAUGCUGCCUUCACAGGCCUCCCCGGGGAGUUAAAGGCUCUCUCUAGUGGAAACCCUUACCUAGUAAAACCUUUCCUGUGAAGGUACAGACUAGUAGUGCCUUGUCAGCUGGUGAAAGAGGUACAAAAUGGCUUACAGCGUGACUCUGAAUGGACCUGGACCAUGGGGUUUCCGACUGCAAGGCGGCAAGGACUUCAACAUGCCCUUGACCAUCUCCAGAAUCACCCCUGGCAGCAAGGCAGCCCAGUCACAAAUGAACCAAGGGGACCUUGUGGUAGCCAUUGAUGGAGUCAACACUGACAGCAUGACCCACUUAGAGGCCCAGAACAAGAUCAAGUCAGCCAGCUACAAUUUGAGCCUCACUCUUCAGAAAUCUAAACGUCCAGUGCCAGUUCCAAGCACAGCACCCAGAAUUGACUCUCCCCGGCCUGUAAUUCCCCACCAGAAGGUCAUAACCAACACCACUUCCAAUACGGAGUUUGUGGAACGUUUCAACCCCAAUGUCCUGAAGGACUCGGCCCUGUCUACACACAAACCCAUUGAGGUGAAAGGCCUGGGUGGCAAGGCUACCAUAAUUCACGCCCAGUAUAACACCCCGAUCAGCAUGUACUCCCAGGAUGCUAUCAUGGAUGCAAUUGCAGGCCAGGCACAAGCCCAAGGUGGAGAAUUUGCUGGUACUCUUCCAAUUAAAGAUCCUCACGUAGACAGUGCCUCUCCAGUGUACCAGGCUGUGCUUAAGACUCAAAACAAGCCUGAAGAUGAAACCGAAGACUGGAGUCGCCGUUCUGCCAAUCUGCAGUCUAAGUCUUUCCGCAUCCUUGCCCAGAUGACAGGAACGGAGUACAUGCAAGAUCCAGAUGAAGAAGCCUUGAGGAGAUCAAGAGGCAAGGAAAAUGUUGCAGCAGCAUCAGAAAACAGGCCUACCACUACUACUCAUGUGCCACAGUAUGUGACCUCAAGUAUUUGGCAUCCUAAGUCACAGGCGGUGGAUGCCAACACUGACAGUGCUAAGCCAGUGGCCUCCAAGGGGUCUGUGAGGCUUGGAGCAGGUACAAGUCAGAGGCAAGCUAGUUUCACCAGCACUGGCCAGAAAAUCCCUCUUUCUUCAUCUGGUAAUCCAAGUACCCCUGUUGAGCAUGCACCAGUGUCUACCAGCUCUGCCUCUGCUCCUGCGCCACAUGCUUCAUCGCAUCAGCCUGCUACUGCUGCUCAAAAUCCAGCCAGUCUGAUGACUCCGCCAGCAACCACUCCCACUUCAGUAGUGCAAGAGUCCUUCUCGUCCUCCUUCCAAAGAGUGCUUGCAGCCCCCAGCUCUUUCUCACGACCUAAGCCUUUUCUUGGGUCCAAGAACAUGUCAUUAGCAGCUUCCACUAUUUCAUCUGCUAUCUCAUCUCAGUCUAGUUUCAACCGGCAUCCCUCCACCUCCAUCAGCUACCAGUCAAAGAGAAACACAAGCCAAUCCUAUGCAUCAACACCAGUUUCUGCAAGUUACGGUGAAAGUCCUGCUUCUGCUGCUGCUUCAAAACCAAGGGUUGUCACUACUGCCAGCAUAAAACCCUCUGUCUACCAGCCAGCACCAGCACCGGUUCAUUCCUACACCCCUGCCAAUGCUGAGCCUGCAAGCCGCCCUCCGUGGGUAACAGAUGACUCCUUUUCCCAGAAAUUUGCACCUGGAAAAACCACCACCACUGUCACCAAGAACAUCCUACCACGGGGUGCUCCAGUACCAUCUCCAGCCUCAACUUCUGCUUACCCACCUCCAGUUUCAGCUUCUUCCCAAGCUCCUGCAGUAGCCCGGGGAACAAUUCAGAGAGCUGAGCGUUUUCCAGCCAGCAGCCGAACUCCUCUCUGUGGACAUUGUAACAGCAUAAUUCGGGGUCCUUUCCUGGUAGCCAUGGGUCGCUCUUGGCACCCAGAAGAAUUCAACUGUGCGUACUGCAAGACAUCCUUGGCUGAUGUGUGCUUUGUGGAAGAGCAGAAUAGUGUAUACUGUGAGCGCUGUUAUGAGCAGUUCUUCGCACCAACCUGUGCCAGAUGCCACACUAAGAUCAUGGGGGAAGUGAUGCAUGCCCUAAGACAGACUUGGCACACAAGUUGCUUUGUCUGUGCUGCUUGUAAGAAGCCGUUUGGGAAUAGCCUCUUUCACAUGGAGGAUGGAGAGCCUUACUGUGAGAAAGAUUAUAUUGCUUUGUUCAGCACAAAAUGCCAUGGCUGUGAUUUUCCUGUUGAAGCUGGAGAUAAAUUCAUCGAAGCCCUUGGACACACUUGGCAUGAUACCUGCUUCAUUUGUGCUGUAUGCCAUGUGAAUUUGGAAGGCCAACCAUUUUACUCCAAGAAGGAUAAGCCACUGUGCAAGAAGCAUGCCCAUGCCAUCAACAUCUAAAGGAAGAGCUGGAAGCCAGUUUUGCUGGGGAAAAAUAUAUGACUAAGUGGGCAAUUAUGAAAUGGAUAACUAUGGCUAGUAUUUCUCUGGGUAAAAGCUAGGAAGCUGAUACUUCUGAAGUUUAAUUUUAACCUCUUUCAUAUAUGCAGAACAUGCUUUGGUAUGGUUCAUUCAAAAACUACUGAAUGAACAAUCAAAACAAAUGAACUAUUUAUUUGAAAAUAGAUUUAGUGCAACAGCUGGGGGAAAAUACUGAAAUUUCCUAAAAACUAUAACAUAAAAAGUAAGACACAGUUUCAAAUGAACUACCCAGAACAGCUUUACUGCUUAGACCACACACUAGUGUCCAAGAAUAACUGGAAAAGUCCUUUUGUAAUAAGUCAUUUUCUUUUGUAACAAGAAUGAGUAAGUGCCACGUGUACAAUAAUCUGUAGAACCAAAGGCAAUAGCUUUCAAAGGGAAAUAGAUUAGGAUUCCCUCAUUGAAAAGUGAGGGCUAUUGCAUUAUAUCAUGAAAAGAAAUUGAAAAGUGAGGGCUAUUCCAUUAUGUCGUGAUGCUACCUCAUAGCAUCAAACAUUUUAGAAUCUUUCCAAACAAGAAGUUUGCCUUGAAUCCAUAUGCAGCUGGGAAGCUUAUGAGACAAUGGGUAACUUAGUUUAAGAUUAAAGGGGAAACAAAAUUAUCUCCAUCCACAACCCAGUAAGACUGAGAAAAGCAUUUUGGGUUUACCUUGUUUGGGUUUACCUUACUUGGCUUAUAUGUGAACGGUAGAUUACCUCACUUCCAGAUCAUAAUGGAAGAGGGCAACUGGCUUUCUCCAGCGUGCUCUUAAAUUGAAUGGAAUGGGGGUGGCUGGGAAGGAACUGUCUUUUAAUUCAAACCUGGUUUGCCUUUCCUCUUGGGAAACAAAAUUCUCAAAGUUGCUUAGGUGUCUAAUUUCCAUUUAUUUCAGUGAGAGAUAGGAAUCUACAUCUUGAGCUUCACAUUAAUUAACACUGAAGACACACCUCCACUGAGCACAGCUUGGAAGUGGGAGAUAGCUUGCCAAAAGUUCCCUACUCUAUCCCCACGUAUCCCCAUUUUCAUUUUUCCUGUAGUGAAUGAACAUUGAUAAAAAUUCACAAGGCAGCACAACGGCACAGGUACGUGUUCCUUAUUACUUUGAUUAAUUUAAAUGCAACUCAUUCUGAUUGUGUUGUGUUUGCCACUGUAAGACAGUAGAUAGGCUCUGACACUUAGGAUGACCAUACAGUCAUCUUUUCUAAUAUUUUUAAAACACCUUUCAAGUUGUUCAAACAGUUACUUAUAAAACUUUUUUUUUUUUUGCAAAAGACAGCAAUAUUUGUAGUAUUGAUAAUUUUUAAUUAUCAAUUAUUCUCGUAGGACAGACAGCAGUUCUACUGAACAGAAAAUAGCAUUAAAAUUGAAAGUUUGAUGACUAUUCAAGUUUUAUUAAUUUAAGUGAGAAUUAUGAUUCUGUAUUGAUAGCUUACAGUACUGACAGUUUAAAGUUAAUAUUUAUUGGGCUUCAGCUACCCGAGGAUGCAUUCCACAGUACCCAUUCUGGUACCAUCUGCAUCCUAUUGUACCUUGUAGUUUUGAAUUACAAUGAGUGACUUAGAAUUCUCUUCAUUCCUGUAACGUGUAAUACCCUUUUAAAGAAAGUUGCUAUGUCUUUUAGGGAUGAAGAGCUGGUAGGGGAAGGAAAUAAAGGAAGUCUGGGGUUCUAAUGUGUCAGCUGAAACUUAUCUGCAGGCAGUCCACAUCUUGGAAAAAAAAAAAAACAACCUAAAACGGCUUGUGGCAGUUUUGAGAUGUGUGACCUGUAUUUGUUCUGUAGGUACAUUAGUUCUCCCUGAUCCUAGCAGUAAUCUGACCCCAGUGUUACCGGGUCAGAUUUUUAUAUGCAUGAAUUAUUCUUAAAAAGUACAUUAUGUACACAGUCUUUUUUUUCUAUAGUAAACAACUUCUCUGUUUUUAGUUAGUGCUGGACUGGGGUAAAUAUGGUUCCAUUAAUUACAUAAUCCAAAGAUCUGGCUCAUAGUAUUCUCCAGUGGAGUAAAUUGUAAUCAUGGAAGUUAAAUCAUUUUUCACUCAUAUUAGACUGCAUUAAGUAGCUUUUUGUAAGAGUGAGGUGAUUCUGUAUUUCCUUUUAUUUUUUGAAUGUCAUUCAACAAAAGCUGGUGUUUAUUACUCUCUAUCACUUAGAGAUAGAAUCAGUAAAAUCAUACUAUAUACUAAGCCUGCACUGAAGAUGCUCUUCUAGGCAGUUUCUGUGUUACCCACUGACUAGGGCUAAUCUCUUACCAUAUGCCAGCAUCACAGAUUCUCAAAACAGGCGUCAGGCUCCUUUGGGAGGAUACAAAAUGCUAGGGCGUGUGAUGCCUCAGGAGAAUUUCAUCAGGUCUUUUGCCUCUAGUCUAUAUGUAUGCAUCUGUGUCUGUCUCUCCCUCUCCACCUUCCCCUCUGCAAAGACCCUGAAAGUGUGCUCUUCGCUGGCUGUGUGAGGAAUGUUACCUUUGAGGAGACGGUCAGAGAAGGCGGCAGCAGGGCUGGGGCUGGAUGCAAGUGGGAAGAGAACUGGCAGCCAGAAGGCAGGGCUCUGGGGCCUCUGGUCAAGCACAGAAAGACGAGCGUUGAGGAGGCAGGGGAAGCCCUUACUGAAGCUGGGGUUGGAGGAGGGGGAAUGGCUAGAUGAGGCCAGUUUCACUAACUCUUGAGAUGUUAGAUACUAGGCGGGAGGGGGGAAUAGCCAGGGUGACUGGUUAUGUUCAGGGAAGGGGCUUGGAGCCCUUUGGAAAUUAGGGUGCAGGGAGCUCACAGUAGACCAGAAGUACAGUAUGAAUGCAUAUAUAUGGGAUGAGCAGGGAAGAUACAAGACCCCAUCCAGCAUGUUCGAAGCCUGCACGGCAGAGGGGUGAACGGAAUAGUUAUAGACGUAGCUGAACUAGCUUGCAGAGUGGCAACAAUGAAAAUGCAGUGGCACAGACUUUGGUGGGAGCCCUGCUAAUUUGUGAGGGUCCUGAAAAUUUCCUUGGGCAGCUAACCUGCACUGUAACGCAUGCCCUGACUCCAGCUGGUGUCUGAGCCAGUGAGAUUGAAGCUAGUUUACAUAUCACUAUAUGAGGUAUAGUGAUAUCUCUGAAUGAAGAACAGAGAUACCCUGAGAAAUAUCAUGUAAUAAAUUUCCUGUUUUGACUUGUGCUGCUUCAUGAUGUGGUCCAAAAAUUGGGAAUCCGCUUACCCACCUUUGAUAUCUAUAUUAAGAUACAAUUUUUGCACAUAUCUGAACCAGAAAUUUGUGGAUAAUAAUAGUAUUUUAACUCUCAUAUGGGUAGGAUACCAUGUAACUGCUGAUACUCUUCUGCCAGCUGUCCUAUAUGUGAUAUGGGGGUGGGAAAGAUGCGCGCGCACACACACACACAUAUAUUUUAUAUAAAAUUAAAAAUAGGCCCGCAUUUCAACUAUCACUGAACACAAAUGCUGUUCAAACAUAGCGUUUGCUAGAUGAAUGAUGUGUGUUUGUUUAUGUUUUCUGUCUUGUAACAGAUGCCUGGGUUAAGUCAUAAGUUCCUCUAAAUACUUUUUUUCAUUAUAAUUCACAUGGGGCUUUACGUAAUAAAACAAAGAUACUGUACCUCUGAAUGAUCAAAUAAAAGGACCUAUCUUUUAUCUAAUUAAAAAGUGAUCAAUAUCUUUUCAGUCAAAGGCUUCAAAAAUCAUCUUAAUGCUUUUUUCUUUUUGUUUUUUGUUUUGUUUUGUUUUUCAGAACAGGGUGAAUUAAACGUCUCCAAAGAUGACUUUGCUUUUAUUAUCUGAAAAAACAACUGAUCUGACUACUUUUUGGAAGUUAGUUUUUAAUCUGUUGGAUUCACGCAUUACACAUUUCUAAAAUCAAUUCAAAACAUGGACAGUUAUUUUACUUUGGUCCUUCAGUGGUCAGUAAUUUGGGUGAAAUGUUUUGUUAAAGAUUAUUUGUAUUUAUACUUAAUAAUGUGAACGUCCACAGCACUAAACACACUUACUAGUGUCUAAUGCUGGGCACGCUAAUGUUUAUUUGCAAUACUUGUCUCCUGGUAGCAAAUAUUAAUUUGUUUAGUAUUUAUAAACAUCAGAAUUCUAAACUGAGUGAUUUGUUGCCUGCAGUGAUCAUACUAGAAGUCUAGGUUUUAUAAUAUAUUGAAAUGUUGACCUGAUGCCACAAGUGCCCUUGCUUUUAGAUAUAUAUAUAUAUAUUUUUAAGUUUCUAGUUGUUUCAGAAACAAGAGUGUAGUGUGGUUUAUGAGGUGUGAGUAACUGUACCUUGCAUGGGUUAUCUGUGCCAACACAAAUAAAACAGUCUAGUUAUAAAAGGAACGUGCAAAUACAUUUAGAACUUUAUGAUUUGGGCAUAUUUAUUAAUACGGCAUGUGAACAGAUGACAGCUUUCAGCCAUGUAGUACUGAUAAGAAAGCCUACACAAGCUUGUAUUCUCUACUUCAGACCUUAAAAUAAAAAGCUUUGGUUUCAACUUUU